GUAAGACAACACACAAAGGUAAAAAAGGUUGACAAUACAUGGUAAGUGUAUUGGAGGUGGUAUGAAUGAUUGGUAAUGUACAAGGGGGUGAGGCAUUAGCAAUGAUGGGGGGGAGGGGUGGGUAGGGAAAGCAUUGUGGGAUAGAUGGUAUUUUGGUUGGGCUUUAAGUUGAGGUAAGAAACAGGUGGAGGGAGACCAAUCCAGGCACGGAGACCAGUCUGAGCAAAUGCAUGGAGGGUUUAAGAGUGUUUGGAGGGGAAAGGAGAGAAGUAGAGAAAAGAGUAGUAAAAUAGCAGUUGAUCUGCUACGGCAUAGUAGUACUGCUAGGUCAAAGGGUUUGCAGAGUUGAGCAAUUACAGAGGGAUAGUUUCAAACGGCUUUCCACAAUGGCUGGGCCAAAUCACAGCUUCAACAACAGUACAUUAUCAUGCCUGUGUUUCACAGCAAUUCCAAAAUUGUCAUUUUCCAUUUUUGUCAUCUUUGCCAGUCUGAUGGUUAUAAAAUAGAACCUCAGUCUUGCUUUAAUUUGCACUUCUCUAGUGAUCUGGAAUUUUUGUUGAUAAUUUUAAUUUCUUCCUUUGAAAACUUUUUUCUAACCCAGGAUAUUGGGGUAGGGAUGGUAUCUGCCAUAAAAAGAAUUCAAUUUGCCAACGCAAAAACCUUCAUAACUUAAAAUUUUAGAAGCUUGCCUUGGGCAAUGAAAGAUGAAAUGACUUGUCCAGGGUUAAAUACACUGGAGGUCAGACUUAAAACCAUGUCUUCCUGGUUUUGAAAUGGGCUCUAUACUCUUCUCCAUAACUAAUAUAAAUUUACAGGAAUAAUAAUAGGAAAGAAGGGUGUUAAGUCAAAGCAAGACCUGACUGUGAAAACUCAUUUCUCCCUCUAUGUGGGCCAGUUUAAGACUAAAAAGAUUGCACUACAUGACCUCUGCAGUCCCCUUUAGCUAUAGAGCUAAGGAUUCUUUUAAUCUAACGGGUGUGUCUGAAGCCAAAAGGAAAUUAGGAAACAGUCGAGAACGCUGUCAGAUGCAGCUGAGAGAGCUAGAUUCCUUUAAAAGGUAAUUGGAUUUGGCUAUUAUAAAGAUGUUUGGGAGGGCAAUUUCAUUAGUGGUGUGGCUAGAUUGCAAGAGGUUGAAAAUAAGCUCCUGAGAUAGUGGAAUCGUUGGGUAUACCUAAGUUUUGAAAUAAAGGGGAGGUGGCAGAGUACAAAGUUAUGAUGAAGGGGAAGGUUUUCUUUUUGCCUGGUAGGCAAAUGGGAAGAAGAAAUGGAAGACUAAAAAUGUAUGAGAAAGGGGCAAGAUUGUUGGAAACUCUCGAAAAACACAUAAGGUAAUGGGAUCAAAGACGAAGAGUAGGCUGAUCCAGCUUUAAGAACAAUUAUCACUAACGUGACCAGAGAAACGAGAGGACGAUGAUGCUGAAAGAUUCUGAAGAACUGAAGAUCUUCCCUUCGGUUACCAUCUGUUCUAAGUGUGGAAGUGAGUUUGGAGCACUGAAGCUAAAAAAGGGCCCCAACUAAUGAUAAGGAACCUAGGUAAGCACCACCAAUUUACAAUGGAUGUGAUCCGCUAGAAUGAAAAAUGAUUUGUGCGUGUGCCUUUGUAAACUAAUUCCCAAGGCGUCUUAAGAGUGAGUACAGCGAGUAAAGCCCACAAAACACCUAUGUGAAUCAUUCACCCGAGUCUAGGCUCUGGCCAAGCCUCAGCACCAGCCUCCGCUUACACGGAGAGCGCUCGGGGGGUGGCCGGGUUACCUAACCCAGAGUCUCGCUACCUUCUUGGGUUUGGUGAGGACAACGGCACAAUCACACCUUCCAAAGCCUCCAAACUGAAGAGUUCGGGCGAAGUCGGAUGUGUUUGCUACCCUUUACGGAUUCCCCCUACUUGGUCUGAACGGUCAUGUGGCCCUGAAUGGUUUCUCCCGAGGUGGAGCUGCAGAGAGAGAAGCGAGAAAAACCGUUUCCUCCAGGAGUCUGCGCAGUGCAUGUCUUACUGUAGUUGGCGCAUGCGCGUGUUCUGAGGCGCUGCAAGAUGGCGGCAGGCCGCUUCGUCCCGAUUCGGUGCUCCGGAGAGUUAGCGGAAGCGAGGGCUGCAGUCGCCCGGGAAUAACAGUAGCUGCUUCGCAGUGGGAAUUCCCUGGCUCUUUUCCGUGAGCAGAACGACAUCAAGAGAGACCCUGAGGCCCUGAGAUCCGGAGGGAGAGGGCAAAGCGGGCCCCUCCCCCAAACCUCCCCACAGAUCGGCCAGCUCUCUUUUUUUCCCCCUCCCUUUUUUCCCAGCGUUCAACACGCGAGUCUGUGACACAGGCGCAGGAGGAGUCGGAGGGGGCCCUCUGCUCUCGCGCGUGUGCGGGCUUCAGCGCGCGCUUUCCGUCUUUCUCUCUCGAUUGGUCAAAGUGCAUCGCCUGCACUCCUCCCCUUCCCUCUAGACUGAAGAGGAAGGGGAGGCGGGGCUGGAUAGCGCAUGCGCGGCAAUCUUGCUGUCGCUGUUGCUGUUGCGUUGCAAAAAAAAAUUUCUGGCUGGGUAGUCUUGUGGCUCUCGUAGGAGGGCUGCAAGGGGUUUGAGAGAGUGUUGUGGAGGGGAGGGGGUGGGGGUGGGGGUGAGGAGUCGGGUAGUGUUAGGUGCCCGACACAAACUCCCAUCCCCCGUCCCACGGGACACCCUGGUUCUUGUUGGGAAGGGGUUAUGAGUGCAAGGUGCCGGUCAGGCCCCUGCUAGAAGCGGAGUCCUGCGCUCUGAAACCCUCGCCUGUCGGGCCAGACAUUUAGAAGGGCAUUGCUCCAGGCCUCGUACGCCCCUGCCCUCUGGGCGAACCUCCUCUGCCCCGGACUGGUUUAAACACUACAUCCUCUUCCAAAGUGACCAAAGUGCAAGACUCGCGGCCGCCUCGGCCGCCCCCCUGAGCGCCGCGGGGCCGCCUCCGGCGCCGGCCCUCCCGCCCCCACCGCCAGCCCAGCCGAGCGCGUGCACCCGCUUUCUCUUUCCCUCACAGCCCCCAGCUUGCACGCACCCGCAGUGAUUGUUUUGCCCGCUCCCGCCGCCGCCGCAGGAGGAGCAGCAGCGCUUGUGCAAGGCGGAAAGAUGGCGGCCGGCGGCGGCGGCGGAGGCGGCGGCAGCAAGGCCUCCUCGUCGGCUGGGGCCCUGGAAUCUUCGCUGGAUCGCAAAUUCCAGUCGGUGACCAAUACGAUGGAAUCCAUCCAGGGCCUGUCGUCCUGGUGCAUCGAGAACAAGAAGCACCACAGCACCAUCGUCUACCACUGGAUGAAGUGGCUCCGCAGAUCUGCCUUUCCACACCGACUGAAUCUCUUUUACCUGGCCAAUGAUGUUAUACAGAACUGCAAACGGAAAAAUGCAAUCAUAUUCCGUGAAUCAUUUGCUGAAGUGCUUCCUGAAGCUGCGUCUCUGGUGAAGGAUCCAUCUGUCUCUAAGUCUGUAGAACGGAUUUUUAAAAUCUGGGAAGAGAGAAAUGUAUACCCUGAAGAAACGAUUGUGGUACUAAAAGAAGCUUUGAGUACCACUUUCAAAACUCAGAAGCAGCUGAAAGAAAAUCUGAACAAACAACCGAAUAAGCUGUGGAAGAAAUCACAAACCUCCACCAACCCUAAAGCUGCUCUCAAGUCUAAGAUAGUCGCCGAAUUUCGAUCCCAGGCUCUCAUUGAUGAACUACUGCUAUACAAGCGUUCUGAGGACCAGAUUGAACUGAAGGAGAAGCAGCUGGCCACUAUGCGAGUAGAUGUGUGCAGUACAGAGACCCUCAAGUGCUUAAAAGAUAAAACCGGUGGGAAAAAGUUUUCCAAAGAAUUUGAAGAGGCAAGCUCCAAGCUGGAAGAAUUUGUGAGUGGCUUAGACAAGCAGGUGAAGAAUGGGCCCUCCCUGACAGAGGCACUGGAGAAUGCUGGAAUUUUCUAUGAAGCUCAGUACAAGGAAGUCAAAGUGGUGGCCAAUGCAUAUAAAACCUUUGCUAACAGAGUGAACAAUUUAAAGAAGAAACUAGAUCAGCUUAAGUCAACCCUGCCUGAUCCUGAAGAAUCUCCAGUCCCUUCACCAAGCAUGGAUGCCCCCUCACCAACUGGUUCUGAGUCCCCUUUCCAGGGAAUGGGAGGAGAGGAGUCCCAGUCACCAGCUGUGGAGAGUGAGAAAUCAGCCACCCCUGAGCCUGCUACAGAUAACCGGGAUGUAGAAGACAUGGAACUCUCUGAUGUGGAGGAUGAUACGUCAAAAAUCAUCGUGGAGGACAGGAAGGAAAAACCUGUUGAGAAGCCAGCUGUAUCCACAUCUGCACCCACUAAACUAACAGAAAGUGUCCCAAAGGCAGCGCCUUGCACCACCGCUUCUGUGGGUGUGACAUCAACUCCACCACCACCAAAACCCAUGAGCACAUCAGUUCUGCCCCCUUCCCCUGCCCUGGCUUUGCCGAAUCUAGCCAAUGUGGAUCUGGCAAAGAUCAGUUCCAUCCUUAGCAGUCUAACAUCUGUCAUGAAGAAUACAGGGGUCAGUCCUGCAUCAAGACCAUCUCCAGGCACUCCUACAAGUCCCACACACCUCCCCGGCAACCUGAAAGCUCCUGUCCCUGCUACGACAACAUCUCACAACCCUUUGGCCAACAUCCUCUCAAAGGUGGAAAUCACCCCGGAGAGCAUUCUCUCUGCCCUUUCCAAAACUCAGACACAGGCGGCGCCUGCACUGCAAGGCCUGUCAUCCUUACUUCAGAGUGUUACUGGGAACCCAGUUGCUUCAAGUGAAGCUGCAUCCCAGAGCACUUCAUCUUCCCCAGCCAACACCAGCAUCUCCAGCAUGAAAGGGAGGAGUUUGCCCUCUAAUACACAAUCCUUUAUGCCCAAAAGCUUUAGCUAUUCUCCUAACUCUUCAACUUCUGAGGUUUCUUCAACUUCAGUUAGCAAGGUUCCCGUAGGACACAGCCCAGGGCUCCCAACCUCAAGUUUUAAGCCACCAUCCAACUCACUGGGAUUUUCUGCUUCCCACAGUGCAAAUCCUGCUAUUCCAUCCACUGACCCUGCUAUGGGGCAGUCCUCUGAGAUCUCUAAGCCAAAGCUAGAAUCAGAGCCCACCUCCCCAAGCCUAGAGAUGAAGAUCCAUAACUUUUUGAAAGGUAACCCUGGCUUCAGUGGGUUAAACCUGAACAUCCCAAUCCUCAGCAGCCUGGGGGCUAGUGUUCCAGCUGAGAACCAUCCCUCUGACUUUCAGCGAGGCCCAACAAGCACGUCCAUGGACAACAUUGACGGAACUCCUGUCCGGGAUGAGCGGAGUGGGACUCCUACCCAGGAUGAGAUGAUGGACAAGCCUACGUCCAGUAAUGUGGAUACUAUGUCCUUGCUGUCCAAAAUCAUUAGUCCUGGCUCCUCCACACCCAGCAGUACAAGGUCACCACCCCCAGGGAGGGAUGAUAGCUAUUCCCAAGAGCUAUCUAACUCUGUAUCUUCCUAUCGGCCUUUUGGCCUAGGCAGUGAAUCCCCCUACAAGCAAACUUCUGAUGGAAUGGAAAGGCCUUCCUCCCUCAUGGAUUCACCACAGGAAAAGUUCUACCCAGAUACCUCUUUCCAGGAGGAUGAGGAUUACCGAGAUUUUGAAUACUCAGGCCCCCCUCCAUCAGCCAUGAUGAAUCUAGAGAAGAAGCCAGCUAAGUCUAUCCUAAAAGCAAGCAAGCUUUCUGACACCGAGUACCAGCCCAUCAUGUCCAGCUACAGCCACAGGACUCAGGAAUUUGGUGUGAAGUCUGCCUUCCCUCCAGCGAUGAGGGCUCUCCUGGACCCAAGUGAGAGUUGUGAUCAUCUCUCUUCUUCUCCUGGCCUGUAUGGUGCCUAUAACCUAAGAGGGAAUGAGUCUGGGUCAGACCGGUCACCGUCACCGAGUAAGAAUGAUUCCUUUUUCUCUCCUGACUCCAACCACAAUAGCCUUUCUCAGUCUGCCACUGCACAUCUCGGCUUACCCCAGAAGCAGUACCCAGACUCUCCUCACUCGAUCCCACACCGCUCCCUUUUCUCUCCGCAGAGCACCCUUGCCACUCCCACAGCCCGGCCACCCACUUCAGGCGUGGAAAAAGUCCUGGCCUCCACCAUUUCUACCACUUCAACCAUUGAGUUUAAGAAUAUGCUCAAAAAUGCCUCACGCAAGCCCUCCGAUGAUAAGCAUUUCGGCCAGGCCCCCAGCAAGGGUAGCACCGGUGAUGGGGUCACUCUCACCAGCCUCAUCCAACCCAGCUUGAGUUCCAGUGAGCAGCAGCAGCCAGAGGAGCACUACCGCAUAGAAACCCGGGUCUCCUCUUCCUGCUUAGACUUACCUGAUAGUACUGAGGAGAAAGGAGCCCCCAUAGAAACCUUGGGUUACCAUAAUGCCUCCAACAGGAGGAUGUCAGGGGAGCCCAUCCAGACAGUAGAGUCCAUCCGGGUGCUGGGGAAAGGGAAUAGAGGACAUGGGCGUGAGCCUUCUAGGGUGGGCUGGUUUGAGCUGAGCCCCUCAGGCAGCUCCUUUGACAACGGCCCCUCGAGUGCCUCAGAGCUGGCCCCCCUCGGGGGUGGGAGUGGAGGGGGGCUUUCUGGCUUCAAAGCAGCUUCAUACAAGGAGCGGGCACCCUCAUUUCAGGAAAGUGUCGGCUUUCGCUCCAGCAGCUUCAACUCUACUUUUGAACACCAUCUCCCCCCACCCCCCUUGGAGCAUGGGGCACCCUUCCAGAGAGAGUCUAUGGGCCCAUCAUCUGCCCCGCCUGUUCCCUCUAAGGAGCAUGGUGGGCUCUUCUCUCGGGAUACUCCCGGCCACCUGGCCUCUGUGGAUCUUUCAAACCCCUUCACAAAGGAAGCAGCCCUAGCCCAUGGUGCCCCACCCCCUCCUCCUGGGGAUCAUAGUGGGGUUCCCUUCUCUACUCCACCUCCUCCUCCGCCCCCUGGGGAGCACAGUAGCAGUGGUGGCAGUGGCGUCCCUUUUUCUAACCCUCCCCCUCCUCCUCCCCCUGUUGACCACUCAGGGGUGGUCUCCUUCCAAGCCCCACCCCUGGCAGAGCACAGCGGAGUGCCGGGGCCUGUUGCAGUGUUCUCCAAGGAGCAUAGCUCCCUCCUCCAAGGGAAUCUGGCUGAGCAUUUUGGAGUGCUCCCAGGACCCCGGGACCCUACACAGAGGGACCUCAAUGGCCCUGGCCUCAGCCGUGUUCGUGAGGGCCUAAGCCUGCCCACACAUUCUCGGGAGCACCUAGCCCCAGCCCACGGAGGAGGUGGGGGAGGCAGCAGCAGCAGUGGCCCUGCCUUGGGUCCCCCACACAGAGACACCAUCAGCCGCAGUGGAAUGAUCUUACGGAAUCCCCGGCCAGACUUUCGGCCUAGGGAAUCUUUCCUCAACAGAGACCCAUUUCACAGCCUAAAGAGGCCCAGGCCACCUUUUGCUAGGGGCCCUCCGUUCUUUGCACCAAAACGCCCAUUCUUCCCUCCCAGACAUCAUAUGACUCCCAGGACCAAUGGUGAAAUCAACAGCACGAAACCCGAAGAAGGAAGCAUGGAUAUGUCUCUGAAGACAGGGUUGCAUUUCCUUUUGCUUUAGAGAUGUGUUUAUUGUGCACACUUGUGGGCCUGCACAAGAGGUGUUGUAGACCAGUGGUGUCAGACUCAAACAGAAACAGGUCCUGACAACAUAGAUACUUAAAAAAAACACAAAUUAGUAUUAUCUGUGUUGUAUUUUUUUUCAUUUUGUGAAAAAUUUCCCAAUUACAUUUUCGUCUCUUGUAGGCUGUACUCUGGAGUUUUGUGGUCUGAGUUUGACACCCCUGUUGUAAACUACAUUGUCUCCUUCCCUUUCCCUACCACACAUCCCUUUCCCAUAGGCCUUUCACUCAUUUUCCAGUUCCUUCAGAGUAUCAUUUUUGUUUUCCAGUUUAAUAAAGAAUGCUGUCUUCUGUAGUGUUGUUUACUUAUCCAAAGGGGCCUUGGUACAUUUUUUGCUCAUCAUCUCUCUUUGCUUUCCCAUUGUCUCCUGGGACUUUGCUUUGAUGGAGCAGUAAUAGUUCUGUGGUGGAAAGGAAGCUUAGAAGAAAAGCAGAUAGGGACAUUUUCUACUUAUUCUUCUUACAAUCGCCUUAGAGGAGGGGGUCAUAGGUGUAGAAGGUUAAAGGCAGUUCUCAAAGGAGGAUUCUUAAUAGGGCCUGACACGGGCUGUCCAGGUGGUUACCUGCACUCUACAAAAUUACAGUUUGCAGCCAGAGAGCUAUUUGGACAUGUAGCAUACCCCACACAUUUCUUGUUGCUUCCUUGCCAAGUGCUCUUUGUCAUUUAGAAUCCUCAACUCUUUCUCCCUCCCCAGCCCUGUGUAGCCUGUUAAAUGAAUCUUUGAUAUUAAAGUAACAUCUGGUUGUCCCAAUUAGGGCACUGGCUGGUGAAGGUUACAAACUCCCCUUGGUUACCUGAGGUUCUCAUAUGUGUUACUGGACACUUCAAAAAUAGCACUGUCCCUAAAUCGUCCCGGUUGUCCACUUAAGUUUUUUUUCUUUUAAGUUCUGUUCAUCUUUCUCACCUCUGGAAAAGGGAAUUUAUUCUGUUCACAGCUCUAAGUUUUCCUGUUAUGUCAACACUUCCCCUUAACCUCAUCAUUAAAGAAAAAAAUUGCCUGCUUUACUUUUUGCUUAAGCUCAAUAACUUGUAAAUUGCUACAAUCACACAUUCUAGAAGGGCUUAAACAAACUUUUGGUAUUGGGGCGUUUCUCAUACUUUUUAAUGAGUAACUGCAUAGACAAGCCCAGUCAGCUGCUAUUGUUCACAAUAGCUGAGUAAUAACUCACUGGGGCUGCAUAGACAGGACUGUGAGAGCAACACUCAUUACUAAGUUAUUGGCAGUCAAACAGCCCGUUUUUUGUUUUUUGGGUUUUUUUCCCCUCCUGAGUAGAACUCUUAAGAAAGCAAAUAAGGGAAGGAUAAAAUAAAUGCUCUAGCUCCUCCCUUUGCCACCCUCUCCUUGUCCCGCCCCCAUCCAAGGGGAUCUGAACAAUCAUAUUUGGGGCUACAGAAUGUAAUCUUACCUACAAACAGGCAUUUCUAAUUAUUGCCACACAGCAGUCUGCUAAUCCCCUCUUGUCCAGUUUCCUGCUGUCUUUCACCAGUUAAAUGUCAAAAGUUGGUAGAAUGGGUGGAGGAGCUAGCAGUUCCUGGUGGUGGGAGCAAGGUAAACAAGAGAAAAAGUUUAUUGUUUGACUAAAAAGAAUAGUGGCUAAACCAGUCCACUCUAGAACUGUUCUACUUCAUAUCAAAUAAAAGGCCUUUCCUGGGGCCUGCUGCAUUUGGGAAAAAAAAUUAUUCUGACAAAUCCAAUUUUCCCUUGUGGAAUGGAACUAUUACAGGCGAGGUUUUCCCAUCGUCCAUUGAGAACAGACAGAAAAGUAAAAAACCCCAAGUUCUCACUUUCCUGUGAUUCUAAUGUUCAAGACUGUCAGCUCUCCUUGUCAUGCUGGGACUAGAAUCAGAGGUAUGCCUGUAAGACAAAUGAAUGUGCUUUUGAGGUCCAAGUUCUUAAGGAACCGGAAGGCUUGUCUAGAGGGGUAAGAUGGCUAGGGACCUUUCUAGAUUGAAAACCUAUGAAUUCAAGUUAAGUACACUCCCCUGGCCACUUUUGCCCACCUCUACAUAGGAAGCUCUCUUUUCAUGCCCUUCUCUUUCUUGACAAUCAUGUCAUUUGCUUCCCCUUUAUGUUUGGUUUAUUCCACUUAGUAUUCUCAACUUCUUUUGAAGUCUUAGGACACUGAAGGGGAUACCCUGAGAAAGGAAAUUAGCAUUUUCUGAUGGCUAAUGGUCAAUCUAUCCAUUCACCUGCCCUCUCUGGGGAAAAAAAAAAAUUCCUUAACUCUCUAGGAAAGUAAAUGAGCUGCUUUCCUACUAAGGGGUCUCUAGGAAAAGUGACAGCAGCCCUUUUGCUGGACCCUUUUGCCUUCAAUUCCUAUUGACCAAUUUCUUUGAGGGGUUUAAUCUCCAUUACUUCUAUGGUACUUUCAGCCACAUCUUCGUUCAUAUUCGGCAGAAAUUGACAUCAGUAGUAUAACAAUUGUCUUCUCUUUGAUGAAAUGCUUCGUUAUGAGCUAUGCUCAAUUUGAACAUAUGUGCAGGUAGAGAUUGGAUUCAGAUCAUUUUUCUUGGCAAAAGAUUCUACUAUGCCCUCCCUUUUUCUCAGGUACCUGGAAAAUGGGGAGUGUACUAAGCUUCACGAUGGGAGGGAUCUGGCUGGUGGUUUUGGCAAUGGAGUAAUGCCUCUUCACUCUUGAAUAAGGGAAGGAGCUGGUGAUCUCCCAGAAAUAAAGCUACUAGGGAUUUUCUGUCUAUGGCCUCCAUUCACCAUGCUUCUCUUUUUUGCCUAUCCUUAGUCUGAUAGAAGAGCAUUUGUAAGACAUCCCUUUUGGAUUUUGUCUAGUGUCUAAUCUACUCUGGAUUUGGGGCCUCUGGCCUUAAGGAAAGGCUCCUAGGAAAGAAAAGGAACUCCAUUUGACCUUUUUUCUCCAGUGUCAACAGAUGACACUGAAGAACAGAGAUGUUGAAUGACAGGAGGAAUGUAGAAACCUCAGCUCUUAGGGUAGUUAUAUCCCAGUCAGACUAACGGGGUUACUCUCCUGGGGCUGAGUCUGGUCCCAGCCACUAGUCAGGGGUUGUAGAAUUAGAUGAUUCAGAGCUUAGUCAGUUUGGUAGAGGUGGAAUUGACCUGAGAGAACGUUCUCCUGGCUCAAAGCUCUGUGAAAAGCAAUUUUAAUGAUUCGGUUUAAUUUUGCUAAGUGUUUGCUGUAUACAGGGCACUGUGCCAGUCACAAGGAAUACAAAACAAUUUCCUUGCCCUCAAGGACCUUAAGGUAUAAUUAAUACAAGUUGUAUAAAGAUAAAUAUAAAGUAAUUACAAGAGGAAGAUAGUGUUAAUAGUUCAGGAAGGCCAAGUGCUGGAGGGAAAGACCAGAGUUAAGCUUUGAAGAACGCUAGGGAUUCUAUAACUUUGAUAUAAAGGUAGGAGUGACAUGCUAGAUAUGGAAAACCACUUACACAAUGACAUAGGCAGAGGAGGUGGGAUGUUGAGGGGGAGCAGCUAGCCCACCAGUUUAUAAUAGCUGGCAUAAAGGAAAGUAAUGUGAAAUGACAUUGGGGAAAAAAAUAGGAAAGAGCCAGAUUGUUGAGAACUUAAGAAAACAGGCUGAAGAUUUUCUAUUUUAUCCUAGGGACAGUGAGUAGAAUGACAGUUUAUGACAGUGGUGCUGAUGUGUUAUAGGCCUAUCAGUUUGGCAGCUAAGUAGAGGACAGAUUGGAAAGGAAUAGGAUAGAAGCAGGGAGUUUAAAUAGGAGGUUAUUGCUUUUUUCCAGGUGAAAUGUGAAGAGGGCCUGAAGUAGGAUUGUGGCCUUUUGAGUCCACAGAUGGGUACAAAAGUUGACCCCAAGGAAGAUAUGAGGAGGCACCUCAUAUUGCUGUGCAAUGUUGGACUUUUUUGAUAUAUUGAUUAGUUUUGCUUCCCCUUAUUCUUUGUCAUAAGGGAUUGCUCUCUGGGAAAGAGUGAGUGGAGGGAAUACGUAGGGAAACAGGCAAUGUGAAAACAAGUGAUUAAUAAAAUUUAUUUUAAAAAAUAAGGUACAGAAGAAAGUUACUGUGGACGUAGAAUCAAGAUUUGGUAACUGAUGAGCUGAUAGGAACUGUCAAUGUAGACAGCUUGGAUCUCCAUUAUCUUGCAGUGUGAUUUGGUAUAUGUUGUUUAGGUCAUCAUGCUUAUCCACACACCCUUUCCCAUUUUCCCCACUGGUUGAAACAGAGGUGAGGACUUCUGCCUGCUAUGAAUUAUUUCAGCCCUAUUGUGUUUCUGUUUGAUCUGCAUGCACACACUGUUGUGUAACCUUUCCCACAAUGUUUCUUUCUCUUUCUCCA